AGGCUACCUUUAGGUGUACAACACCUUGUCACCGUGUCACCGUGCUCUGAACUGAUUUGGGGAGGAAAACAUUUGUUUGGAUAUGUAAAACAGAUCAUACUGCACGUUGAAGUAGGCUACACGUUAACGUGUGGUAGAUUCACUCUUGAGGUGAAUGAUAAUAGCCUGGAAAUGUGUUGGCUGUAUUUUGCAUGGCAAAACAACUAGGCCUACAGAAAUUUGCAGCCACCGUGUAAUAUGCUGCAACAUCAAGGUUCACGCCUUUAUUUAUUAUUGAAUGCAUUCUGUCAGAUUCCACAUGAACUGGUGCAUUUCGUUAUGAUGACCUCAAUAUGUAUCUGCUUUAUUGCAAGUUGUGGAUAUAUUGCACAGCUACGCCCUCUCCUGGCCAGUCGACGCAUGUACACUACAUCAUUCAUCUGAUAUUCAGCAAUUUAAUGAGCACGAUCUGAAGGAACAUGUACACCCGUGGUGCUGAAGGAACAGCUCAGUGAGCCCCGUCGCAAUGAACCAGACCUCAGUCCUCAAAGUUUGCGGCUCGCUUCAUUCGCUCUGACCAUGAAGAGACAAAACAUCAGGACCCUCGUGUUAAUCACCUGCACUUUCACUUAUUUGCUCGUCGGAGCGGCUGUUUUUGACGCUUUAGAGUCCAAGAUGGAGAUCACCCAAAAGAAGGUCCUGGACGAUCGGAAGCGAGAGCUCAUGGACAAGUACAACUUGAGCAAAGGGAAUUUCGACGAGCUGGAGCGGGUCGUGCUGCAGCUGAAGCCGCACAAGGCUGGGGUCCAGUGGAGGUUCGCUGGCUCCUUUUACUUCGCCAUCACGGUCAUUACCACCAUAGGAUAUGGUCAUGCAGCCCCCAGCACGGAUGGUGGGAAGGUGUUCUGCAUGUUCUACGCCCUCCUGGGGAUCCCUCUCACCCUGGUGAUGUUCCAGAGUCUGGGUGAACGCAUCAACACCUUCGUCAAGUACCUGUUGCACCGUCUCAAAAAGUGUCUUGGCCUUCGGAAUACUGAGGUCUCGAUGGCCAACAUGGUGUGCAUUGGCUUAAUAUCCUGCAUGAGCACCUUAUGCGUGGGAGCAGCGGCUUUCUCCCGCUAUGAGGACUGGAGCUUCUUCCACGCGUACUAUUACUGCUUCAUAACCCUCACCACCAUUGGUUUUGGGGACUAUGUAGCCCUGCAGAAGGAUAAUGCAUUACAAACCAACCCCCAGUACGUCGCGUUUAGCUUCAUGUACAUCCUCACGGGACUUACGGUCAUCGGCGCCUUCCUGAACCUGGUGGUUCUGCGUUUCAUGACCAUGAACGCCGAGGAUGAACGGCGCGAUGCUGAACAGCGUACGUUGCUGUCCCGAAACAGGCAGACCGGCGGAGCCGGAACCAACCACUGCAUGUCCGACCCGCCGUCUUCAUCCACUGCGGGCCACGGAGGAGGGUCUGGGAAAGGGUUGUGUAAUGUCUACGCCGAAGUGCUGCAUUUCCAGUCCAUGUGCUCUUGUCUCUGGUACAAAAGCCAGGAGAAGAUGCGCUACUCGAUUCCCAUGAUUAUCUCCCACGAUCUUUCCACUUCAGACACCUACAUGGAGCACAGCGAGACCUCCGACGCCCUCCACUCCAACGGCUGCGUGUGCAGUGCCUUGCAGGAGCACUCGGCCACCAGUUUGGUGUACACGGGCCUGCUCAGCCCAGCACAUUACCAAAGACUCUCCAAACGCCGCAGCUCCAUCUAGAGGGCUGGAGGACGUAUUGCAUGUGAAUCUCUUUCGCCUUACGGAAACCAACCACUGUUAUACUUGGGGUUGAAAAAACGCUGCUUCUAAGCUGCUCAGAUCCUCUGUCAGUCGAAUAUAUGUAAUGUAGUGAUAGACGGGGCAGGGCAGCCUGUCAGCAGGUGCUGCUUGAGGACCGGAGACGUAGCAGCGUGCAAUAAAAACAGGGUAAAGCCUGUAUUAUUUGAGGUACACUUUGAGGAUUUCGAGAAAAGACAAAACUCAAACUGUUAGCUCUUCACUGAACUCAAGGGUAAAUAGAAACAAAUGCAGGUCUUUCAAAACCAACAAGUCCCAGAGUGUCAGGCUCUUCUGGUUUUGAUUUGAAUAGAUAGUUCUUGUGAUGCAACCAUUUCUACAGUGAAUACUUUAUCAUCGUAAUUAAACAAAUUAAAUAUGUAUAUAUAUAUAUAUAUAUAUAUAUAUAUAUAUAUAUAUAUAUAUAUUAUGAGUACUUUGCUAAUGAUUAGUAAAGACCUUAGUCAGGGAAGAGCCACAUUUAAUUUCUGAUAGAAAUAGAGUGCUGCAGUGAUGAGGUAUUUUUUGUAGGCCAACCCGAAGCUUAGCUGGUUCCCUCAGCAUUUUGUUUAUCAUGAUAAUCUGCACAAAUUAUACAACUUUUAUGAAUUUUGAGGCCUAAAUACCAUCACCAGAAGUAAAACGCUAAACAUAAGCUAAACAAAUGGACUAAAUACUUAACAUCACCACCAAUAAGUGUCCGAUUUCUUUAUUUAAAAAAAAAAAUUCCUUGAAAGUUUGAAUCGAAAUUACGGAGCCAUGGCAUGCAGGAAAAAAUAGUAGGCUAAAUCGUGUGCACAAUUUACUAUUUCGUAUCCCUCGAUUAAUAAAUUGUGCACACAAUUUAUUUAUUUUUUCUUGCAUGUCAUGUCCGGUGCUAAAGUCUUUGUUUACAGGUUUUGGCCUACAAAAAUAUGUCAUCUCUUCAGCAAUCUAUGACAACAAGGCUGUGAGGGAUAGAAGUACAGUGUGGUCAGUGGAUUGUAGUGCUGUUGAACAACAUGCCGAUUGGUUGCUAAUGAAAAGAGAGUCUUUUUGGAAAAAACUUUCAGCAAACAGAAACUCAAACACAAAGCAGUUUUAAAAGUUGUGAAAAGGUCCACAUAUCGAGGACCUUUAUAAAGUUUGUGCUGUUGUAAAGGCUAUAAGUUUAUUCCUGUACAGCCUUGUUUUCAUCCAUGAAAAAAAAUCAGAUGGUGUCUCACCUGACUAAGGUCUGUUCACUUUUCGUUUUCUUCAACGCUCAAACUCACAUUCACAAUGAGUUGUAUUGUUCAUCUAUCCAUGUGUUCCCCUUUUCUGUAUUUAUAUCCACUAUUAUUCUAAUCCAUUCCCAUUUUUGUCUGAAUGAUUAUAUAAUUAUAUAGGAUUAUAUUGUACUUGCAGUUGCACUUUAGAUGAAAAAUAUUAGCUUCAGGGCUGUAGCCAUGAGUGCACAGAUCAUCUCUUAAGAUCGACAUGAAAUCCGAAGAGACCCUAUUUACUUUCUUAAAAUAUACUCCUGGUCUUAUAGUGCACAAUUCAUCAAGUUAUUCCAAAGGAAGAAAAUGUUUGUUUUUGUAAUCUUUGAUUAAAAUGUAUAUAAAUAAAAGCUUCCAAAAUAAUAAUAU